GCAGAUGCGUCUUUUUUUGCCCAACCCCCUGUUCUGUUUGCGAGAGAAACACGCGAUCCACCCUCAGCCGCUCAAUCCCGGCUGCCUGAUCCACCCCCGGGAUACCGGGCAGCUCCCGGGAGCGAUCGUCACUUCCGGGGUGGGUGAUGUCAAGUGAGAGAGUGAAGAACAAAGACGGAGGAGAUUACCGACCAAGGCGGAUAAAGGAGAGGCUUCCCAAUACACCCAGCCUGAAGGUGUAGCUGCUCCCAUGGACCCCCUGAUCCGUGAUCACUGCUGUAUGAGCGAGACCCUUCACCCGUGGCACCGAGAGACCAAACACAGAUAGCACCCUCUCCACCGGAGGUGAGCCAUGAUUCCCGUCACAGAACUUCGAUACUUUGCGGACACCCAGCCGGCUUACCGUAUCCUGAAGCCAUGGUGGGACGUGUUCACGGAUUACAUCUCCAUCGUCAUGCUCAUGAUAGCGGUUUUCGGGGGGACCCUUCAGGUCACCCAGGACAAAAUGAUCUGUCUUCCCUGCAAGUGGGUGACUCACAACAGCUGCAACGAUUCCUACCGAGCCUGGUCCGCGGCUGAAUCCCCGUAUCCCAACUCCAGUAUGGGCCCUACUUUAGGGCCCACGGGGAUUAAAUACGACCUGGACAGACAUCAGUACAAUUACGUGGACGCGGUGUGCUACGAGAAUCGCUUGCAUUGGUUCGCCAAGUAUUUCCCGUACCUUGUGUUGCUGCACACCUUAAUCUUUUUGGCCUGCAGCAACUUCUGGUUCAAAUUUCCCCGUACCAGCUCCAAGCUGGAGCACUUUGUUUCCAUACUGCUCAAAUGUUUUGACUCGCCUUGGACUACCAGGGCCCUCUCCGAGACUGUCGUGGAAGAGAGCGACCCCAAGCCCACCGCUGGCAAAAUGAACGGUUCCGUCGACAAGAAGUCCUCAACGGCCAGUGAAGACGUCGAAGCAACGGUGCCCAUGCUCCAGAGGAGCAAGUCCAGGGUGGAGCAAGGGAUUGUGGACAGGUCGGAGACGGGUGUCCUGGACAAAAAGGAGGGAGAGCAGGCCAAGGCGCUGUUUGAGAAGGUAAAGAAGUUCAGGACACACGUGGAAGAAGGGGAUAUUGUAUACAGACUGUAUAUGCGGCAGACAAUCAUCAAGGUCAUCAAGUUCAUAUUGAUUCUUUGCUACACCGUGUACUACGUGAGCAGUAUUACGUUCGACGUGGACUGCAAGGUGGACAUAGAGAGUCUAACCGGCUACCGAAUGUAUCGUUGCGCUCACCCGUUGGCAACGCUUUUCAAAAUAUUGGCCUCCUUCUACAUUAGCUUGGUUGGCUUCUAUGGACUGGUCUGCGUGUACACCCUGUGGUGGAUGCUGAGACGCUCCUUGAAGAAAUAUUCUUUCGAGUCCAUCCGGGAAGAGAGCAGCUACAGCGACAUUCCAGAUGUAAAGAACGACUUCGCGUUCAUGCUGCAUCUCAUCGAUCAGUACGAUCCUCUGUAUUCCAAACGCUUUGCGGUGUUCUUGUCGGAGGUCAGCGAGAACAAGCUCAGGCAGCUGAACCUCAACCACGAGUGGACGCUGGACAAGCUUCGUCAGCGGAUCACCAAAAACUCUCAGGAGAAGCUCGAGCUUCAUCUCUUUAUGCUCAGCGGAAUACCGGACACAAUCUUUGAUCUGGUUGAACUGGAGGUGCUAAAGCUGGAGCUGAUACCAGAUGUCACCAUCCCUCCGAGUAUCGCCCAGCUUACAGACUUAAAAGAGCUGUGGUUGUAUCAUACGGCGGCUAAAAUCGAGGCUCCAGCCUUGGCCUUCCUACGGGAGAACCUAAAGUCCUUACACAUUAAAUUCACGGAUAUCAAAGAGAUUCCCUUGUGGAUUUACAGCUUAAAGUCCCUCGAAGAGCUGCACUUGACCGGCAACCUGAGUGCAGAGAACAACAGGUACAUAGUUAUCGACGGACUCCGUGAGCUAAAGAGAUUGAAAGUGCUAAGACUGAAGAGCAACCUCACCAAGUUGCCCCAGGUAGUGACCGAUGUGGGAAUGCACCUCCAGAAGCUUUCCGUCAACAACGAGGGCACCAAACUGAUGGUCCUCAACAGCUUUAAGAAGAUGGUCAACCUAACAGAGCUCGAGUUGCUCCGGUGCGACCUGGAGAGGAUCCCUCACUCGAUCUUCAGUCUUCACAACCUGCAGGAGAUUGACUUGAAGGACAACAACCUGAAAACCAUCGAGGAGAUCAUCAGCUUUCAACAUCUGCAUCGUCUUACCUGCUUGAAGCUCUGGUACAACCACAUCGCCUACAUACCCAUCCAAAUCGGCAACCUUGGUAGUCUCGAGAAGCUGUAUCUAAACCGUAACAAGAUAGACAAAAUCCCCGUCCAGCUGUGCUUCUGUCGCAAGCUCCGAUAUUUGGACCUGAGUCACAACUCCCUUACAAGCAUACCACCCGAAAUAGGCCAACUCCAGAACCUACAGUACUUCGCUGUCACCGCCAACCAAAUUGAGAACCUACCGCCUGAGUUAUUCCAGUGCAAGAAGCUGAGGACCCUCAACCUCGGGAACAACGUGCUCCAGUCCUUACCCUCCAGGGUGGGAGAACUCACCAACUUGACUCAAAUCGAGCUGCGUGGCAAUCGGAUGGAGUGUCUGCCGGUGGAGCUAGGAGAGUGUCCCCUGCUGAAGCGCACGGGACUGGUGGUGGAGGAGGAAUUAUUUAAUACCCUGCCGCUGGAGGUGAAAGAGAGGCUAAUGAGGGCAGAAAAAGAGCCAGUGUGAUGUCAUCUACUGCCGUUGGGACCUAGGGCAGGGGCGAGGGAUAUUUUGUCACUGGGGGGGUUGGGAACAAAUAAAUCUGCAUGACUUGAGGAGCCCCUACAGGACGCCAGCACCAUCGAUCCUGCGGUCCUGGCGAUCAAAUUUGGAUUUAUAGCCCAAAGCUUCUAAAGUGGGUCCUGGCGUUUUACGUGGUGUCCAGAACCAACCAAGUCGCGGACCUCUCCGUGCAAUUACCCUGCUGAUGAGCUGUGAAGGAAAGGAAAUACCCCUCCUGUUCCUGUUUGUGUCCGAUGAGGCACUACAUGCUGUACAAAGAACAGCCGCUUCUGUUAAACUCCCGAAAAUCUUAUUCUUCGCUUCCUCCUGCGUUGCUAUUUUUGGACAGGAGCGCUGGGGGCUUCUGAAAUGCCUUUUUUUUUGCAGGGGUGGCCCAUUCCAUCCUCCUUUUGGACUACAAACGCCAUCAUCCCCUGGAAUGCUGGGUAUUGUAGUCCAUCGUCGCAGAUUCUCAAAUUUUUGCUUUUAUAUCGAAAGGGCAGGGAGGGCCAACUAUUUUGCACGAUAACCCGAAUGGGGAGGCUGUUCUGAUAGUCUUAUAAUAUUUGCCCUGGCUCUGUCUACUAAGUCAUUAAAUGGCUUUCACUGGAA